GUUACUCAAGACCCGGAAGUUCUUUUGGGCCGCUGUGAUGUUGGACAUUUAAAGGCUUUUCCUUUAAACGCGGAGGAUUAGUCAGCGUUUUGGUCGUUUUGGAAGCGUGUUUGAGCACUCGAAGAGUUUGUCUGCGAGCUGCUUGGUGGGCCCCGACACCGGCAUGAGCAACAAUAGCCACCCCCUGCGGCCGCCGGCCUCUGUGUCGGAGAUCGACCACAUUCACCUGCUGUCAGAGCAGCUGGGCACGCUGGCGCUGGGUGAGGACUACAGCGACGUUACCUUCAUCGUGGAGGGCAAGCGCUUCCCCGCGCAUCGCGUCAUCCUGGCCGCGCGCUGCCACUACUUCAGGGCGCUGUUGUACGGUGGCAUGAAGGAGUCCCAGCCACAGGCGGAGGUGAGCCUGGAGGAGACCCGGGCAGAGGCCUUCUCCAUGCUGCUGCGCUACUUGUACACGGGCCGCGCCAGCCUCAGCUCGGCCCGCGAGGAGGUGCUGCUGGACUUCCUGGGCCUGGCCCACCGCUAUGGCCUGCAGCCGCUGGAGGACUCCACCUCUGAAUUCCUGCGCACCGUCCUGCACACGGGUAACGUGUGCCUGGUCUUUGAUGUGGCCAGCCUGUACUCGCUUAGUGCGCUGGGCGCCGCCUGCUGCUCCUACAUGGACAAGCACGCUCCCGACGUGCUCAACUCGGACGGCUUCCUGGCGCUCUCCAAGACGGCGCUGCUGACGGUGGUGCGGCGUGACUCGUUCGCCGCCAGCGAGCGGGAGAUCUUCCAGGCGCUGUGCCGCUGGUGCCGGCAGCGCAGCGAGAGCGGCGAGACGCAGGAGGUGAUGGCGGCCGUGCGGCUGCCGCUCAUGACGCUGACGGAAAUGCUGAACGUGGUGCGGCCUUCGGGCCUGCUCAGCCCCGACCACCUGCUGGACGCCAUCAAGCAGCGCUCGGAGAGCCGUAACAUGGACCUCAACUUUCGCGGCAUGCUCAUACCAGAGGAGAACAUCGCAACCAUGAAGCACGGCGCUCAGGUGACCAAAGGCGAGCUGAAGUCGGCGCUGCUGGACGGGGACACUCAGAACUAUGACCUGGAUCACGGCUUCUCCAGGCACCCCAUCGAGGAGGACGGCCGGGCCGGCAUCCAAGUCAAACUGGGACAGCCGUCCAUCAUCAACCACGUGCGACUGCUGCUGUGGGACAGAGAUAGCCGCUCGUAUUCUUACUACAUCGAAGUUUCCAUGGAUGAGCUGGACUGGGUUCGCGUGGUGGACCAUUCCAAGUUUUUGUGCCGCUCCUGGCAGAAUCUCUUCUUCACGCCCAGGGUGUGCAGAUAUGUUCGCAUUGUGGGAACGCACAACACGGUCAACAAGGUCUUCCAUCUGGUGGCUUUUGAGUGCAUGUUCACCAACCGCACCUUCACCCUGGAGCAAGGACUGCUGGUGCCCAGUGAGAACGUGGCCACGGUGGCGGCGUGCGCCAGCGUGGUCGAAGGCGUCAGUCGUAGCCGCAACGCCUUGCUCAACGGCGACACACGCAACUAUGACUGGGACUCGGGCUACACCUGCCACCAGCUGGGCUCGGGCGCCAUCGUCAUCCAGCUGGCUCAGCCUUACUGCAUCGGCUCUUUAAGGCUCCUGCUGUGGGACUGCGACGAGCGGUCAUACAGUUAUUACAUUGAGGUCUCCACCAAUCAGCAGCAGUGGACCAAGGUGGUGGACCGCACUCGAGUGACGUGUCGGUCCUGGCAGAGCCUAAAGUUCGACAAGCAGCCGGCUUCUUUCAUCCGCAUCGUGGGCACGCACAACACCGCCAACGAGGUCUUCCACUGCGUCCACUUUGAGUGUCCGGCCCAGUUGGACACAGAUGUGAAAGAAAACGGCUCGGGCCCAGAUGCCUCGGAUUCGGCCCCUUCCACCUCGCAGCUGCCGCGACCUCAACGGCCGUCGCGCACGCACAUCCUGCAGCCCUGCAACUUGUCUUCAGCUUCCUCGCAGGCCAACAAUCGCUAACACCGCCGCAGCCACGCCCCCUGCUGGAAGCCGUUGGGAGGACUGCCGUUUUUGCACCGCCGCCGCCGUCUUGCCGUCAUAACUCGUGCUGCUCUUUCGUCGUCUUCACGCGCCUUUUCGAACCUGCCGUCGUCCUGACACGUUUGAUACGUUUUUGUGACGUGCUGGACGCCGUCUGAUUCCGACUUCCUGAAAAUGUGAUGUAUUUUGAAGAAAUCAGGCAACUAUUUUUGCAACGCGUUUAUAUGCACUUGAACUUCAUCCCAUGAUGAUGCAUUUGCAUAUCCAACCAGCCCCUACUUAAGUGUUCAGUGACAAACUGUUUGACCCCCUCGCCCAUACCACAACAGUAACCGGACUGAUAUCAACACGUCUCCAUCGACUAAAUUUACCCACCUGCUGCCAAGGAAAGCAAUAAGUUGAUGGCAAUUGGGGCUGAGGAGCCCAAAGCAAAUUACUGUAUUUGCGCAAAAAUACUAAACUUGACAUAACACGAGCAGCUGCUAUUGGCACUUUACAAGACUCAAGUUGUGGAAAUAAAGAUCUCGCCUUGAGUCUUUUGACUGACAAAGCAA